AUGAUACGUUUCUUUUACAUUGUAGUUCUUCUAGCAAACAUUCCUCACAAUGCUCGAUGGAUAGAAAAUGGGAUCACCAUCGCUGGAGGCAACAUAUCUGACAAAGUACUCAAACAACUUGAUAAUCCUCAUGGUCUUUGUGUAGAUGAAAAUCAAGCCGUUUACAUUGCUGAUUAUGGAAAUCAUCGUAUUGUAGAAUGGAAGUUAGAUGCAAAAAGUGGUCAAGUGAUAGCUGGCGGAAAUGGACAAGGAUAUCGAACUGAUCAGUUAAACAGACCAACAGAUGUGAUUGUUGACAACGAAACAAAUAGUCUCAUCAUCUGCGAUCGAUGGAAUAGACGAGUGAUGCUCUGGUCUCGUAGAAAAGGUACAACAAACGGAGAGACGAUUAUGGAGAAUAUCUCCUGUUGGGGAUUGGCAAUGGAUGAUCAGAGAUAUCUCUAUGUUUCUGACUGGAAAAACAAUGAAGUAAGAAGAUUUCGAAUGGGAGAAACAAAAGGUAUAGUGGUGGCUGGUGGUAAUGGACAAGGUGAUCGUCUCAAUCAACUUCAUUUUCCUACUUAUAUCUGUGUCGAUAGAGAUCAGUCUGUUUACGUGUCAGAUUUGCACAAUAAUCGUGUGAUGAAAUGGGAGAAGGGUGCAAUCGAAGGGAUUGUUGUCAUUGAUGCUCGAGGCGAAGGCCAUGAUCUAACACAAUUGAAUGGGCCUCAAGGUGUGUUCGUCGAUUUGACGGGUACACUUUAUGUGGUCGAUCGCCGAAAUCAUCGAGUAGUGCGCUGUUGCAAAGAAGUAACACAGCGAGAUAGUAUUGUUGGUAGCAAUGAAGGGGGAGAAAAAGCAAACCAGUUAUAUAUGCCCAAAGGUUUGUCAUUCGAUCGACUUGGUAAUCUCUAUGUUAGCGAUUGCGGAAAUAAUCGAGUCCAACGAUACUCAAUUCAAGACAUAAAAUAA